CAGACUUUUGACGCGAAGCGCCUGCUUCAACCUGGCCCAACACAGAAACACAAACAAUCACAAGACCACUUCGGGUUUCCUUCACCGAUUCCAUACCACCCAACUCAAUUUUCACCCACCCUGAAACCAAAAAUGGAUCCGCCAAAAGCUUAGAGGGUGAGGUCAGGUCUGUCAGUUUCUUUAAGCUCCGGAACCCAGUCUCACCUUCAAAGUCCCAGAGUCUAUUUACCAUGCUAGGAGGGAAGAAGGUUCCAGAGGAAAGUGUUUCGGGUGGGCCACAGAAAGGAGACGACCCUCCGCUGGUUGUCCACCCAACUUUGGAGACACCGUGUGAUGGGUCUCCUGAUGGCUUUGUGUGUCACCUUGUUACUCAUGCUCCUGGCUACUCAGUCAUUGCAGCAUCCAAGCCACUGUGGUGGGCACAAGGGCCAUAAGGUGUAGGAGAAGGGAGCACUUUCCGACAAUGCUCCUCCAAACACCCCCAUCCCAUCCCACACUGCCCCUAACAGCAGGAAGGAGGUUCAGACACCCAAUCUGCAGCAUCAAAGAGAUCCCAAUGGGUACACCUUUAUGAGGACAAGGAGGAGCCCUCCACCUGUAGCUUUCCUCAAAGCACACAAGACUGGAAGCAGCACUGUUCAGAAUCUGAUGUUCCGCCUUGAGGAGAAGGAGAACCUCACUUUCGCCUUCCCCUAUUACGCAUACCAGUUCAGCUACCCAGAUAGGUUCCGAGUAGACUUUGUAGAUGAGCUGCCACCGGGUUCCUCUCAGUUCGACAUGCUCUGCAGCCACAUGCGGCUGGACCUGGGACAGCUGAAACAGGUGAUGCCCAAGAACACUAUCUACAUCACCCUGCUGCGUGAUCCUCUACAUACCUUUGAGUACGUUUUCAGCUACUACACUUCCACUGUACCUGCCUUCACUCUAGCCAAAAAGGCAGCUGACACAGCUAACAGGAAGUCAGCCCUCUCAGUCUUCCUGGAGGCCCCAGAGUCCUACUGGGACCCUACAGAACCUGGAAAUGGCCUAGCCAGGAACCCUAUGAGCUUUGACCUGGGCCUCAGCAGCCAAGAGUGGAACGCAUCCUGGCCCAUGGAGCUGACUCAGCUGGAGGAGGCCUUCCAGCUGGUAAUGAUUGCUGAGCACUUUGAUGAGUCUCUGGUUCUCCUGGGGGCUCUGCUGCAGCUGGAGCCUGAGGAGCUGGCCUAUGUGCACCUGAAUGUCCGCGCCCCCUCGGACAUCACCCCGAUAGAGGACGACACCAAGGCCAGGCUCUGGGCCUGGAACAGUCUGGAUGUGCUGCUCUACAACUUAUUUCUGCAGGUGUUCUGGGAGAAAGCUGAGCAGUAUGGCCCGGGGAGACUGAAAAGGGAGGUGAACCUACUGAGGGCCUCCACACAGAGGCUCAGACAGAAGUGUGUGGCCAGAGGAGGAGUGCCCCCUGGUGAGCUGGAGGACCUGGUCAGGCCCUGGCAGACCGACAUAGUCACCAUCCUGGGAUACAAGGUACGAGGGAACCUGACUCUGCAGGAAGAGGGGCUCUGUGUGCGACUAGUGCUGCCUGAGCUACAGUACCACUCUCACCUGUAUUUCCAGCAGUAUGGCCAUGACAUGAGGUCCAUACCUACAGACUAAUGUGCAGCACUUUCCCUUUUAGAUACUACACUGCUCAGAAUUUCUGCUUUUGAUGCAUUUUUCCAAUAAACCAGAAAUACUAACAUU